AUGGUAGUGCCAAACGGCUCUUUGUCUUCUGCCCUAAACCUAGUCAAGCGGUUUGCGGAUAGUUGGCUGCAAGCAAGCGACGCGAUCGACUGCGACGACCUUGCAGCCCUGGUAGAUGCGCUUGACUGCUUGAAGAAGGACGCUCAGCAGAAGCUGUCUCUCAAGAAAGCCACCCGCGCAGGCAUGACAGUAGAUUCGCGGUCUGUAGGCUCAAGUGGCGCUAACCAAGGGGUGCGAAGAUCCUCCCGCCUCAAAGCGUCCACUCCCCGGCCGGCUUCCUCAGCCUCGCUCUUCGUCGUCAAACACGAGACGGAGUCGGAGUUUAGUGGUGAAGACGAUGAGACACUUCCAGCCGUACUCGAGGAGACAAACUCCGGCGACUACACGGGGGUGAUGGCAACGGCGCCCUCAGAAAUCCCGUUUGGAGAUCUUCCAUGGGCGAGCGAAACACCGAUAGAGAACAUUCACGAGAUUGAGGUGGUACAGAGCAGACAUGCCUUGGAGCCAGAGUCAUCCUCGCCGAUGCUCUACAGAGUAACACCCGCUAUUGACGAGCAGGACGAACUUGCAUAUGUACAGCCAGCUCGAGUUUUUAGCGAGGCCUCAGCUUCUCAUCAAUCUCAUUGGGACAACACCCAGUCUGGAGUGGACACACUGCAUCAGACAGCACAAGAUGUGCGAACUGGUAGAUUACACUCAGAAGCUGAAUCCUCACGUCAAGUCUCGUUGCAUCAGCCAUUUUCAGAUCCAGCAGAGUCAGACGUAUCCGUCUCGCCAGACCGUGACAUGGAAGUCGAGAACAGCAACAGCGAAGAGAUGGUCAUGCAAGAUGCAUCCACGCCACAGUUCUUCAACGAAGCAUUCGAAGACCUGUAUGGCAGCCCGUUGCAGCACGAGUCGCAGAUAGGUGGCGAGGAAGUCACUGUCCCAUGCCAGAAGCAAUAUCCGACUGACCCAACUCACACGCCAAGCUUAGGCAAUGAUCCAAUGUUCCAAAGCUACCUAGAUCUUGCUUGCCGUGCGAGCUUUUGUCUUCCACACGAAUCUGUAGAAGACGCAGAUAGCACAAGAACCCGAGAGCUCCUUUCCCCUCUGGUGGAUGGGACACCUCUCACGCCAAGGCUCCUUCACGGCCUGAUCUACUCGUUGAUUCCGGGUCCACUCCAUAUACUGGAAGUUGAUCCGAUUGCGAGCGAUGGGGGAAUGUUGGCAGACGAGAGCCUGGCCGAAAACUUCGCGAUCAUCUUGCGCGAAAGCGAAGAGGCUCUGCCGUUGCUCGUGCUAGGAGCUGCGAAUAGGAAGACGCUGUUUGUUCUUAGCAGCGGCGCAGUGAACCUUCCGUUUCUGGGCGCAUUGUAUCGAACGCUCCCUGAGUGGAAGACGGAGUACAUUGAGGUAGCAAACCCGUUCGCCUUCGUCUUUGCGUCGACUGACUUUCUGCAGCCCCACGAUAUAGCUGAGGCUUGCUUCCAAGGACGGCCGCUACGGGAUGCUCCGUCUUCUCGAGAACUGCGCCUACGUUUCUUAGAAGAGCUGGUGGCCCCUGUCCAACGCGACUCUGUUCUGGAGCAAUAUGGCAUCUCCAGCAAACUAGCAGUCUCGCAACAGAUCAACAUCAGGCUGGCCGAGACAAUUUCUGAGGCGCAACUGCAAUCACAACCGCAGAGCAACGAGGUCUUUGUGUCGAAGAUCAAGACCUUCGAUCUCGAAGCGCUGCACGAAGCGCUUCUCCAGAAGCCAGCUGACAUCUCCCGCGGACGCUGUCUGAGGAUCUUGCAGUGUGUGUAUGAGAUCGGAUCGCCAUGCAUUCUCGACUCACUCAAACCGGCUCUCACUGCAAAACGCGAAAAUCAGGCACAUCAAGCGAUGGAGCAACCCGUUGUCGAGAAGCUCUUCCGCAUCCACCUCUACUUGGACAGCCAGGAGAGCGAGAGCCACCUCCUGGUUGCCAGAAGUCGAUACGUCAAGUACUGCUACUUCGAGACAUAUCUGCUGGCCGUCGCAGCGCUCCAAAGAGAGAAGCGCAGCAGCAGUCGAGAGAAGCGGAGAAUACACGCGCGGAAACUAACCGCCAGCUUCAAGCAGGGCCUCUAUAACGAGCUGCCACCCACGCCACACGACGACGAGAUCCAUCGCAUCUACGAAGAUCUCAGUCCCUCCGAGAAGAAGCGGCGGGCUCAGGACAUAGUGAAGAAUGAGAUUUCGAGAAAGGUUGCCAAGGAACACGGGAUCAACGAGAAGCGCGUCCGACGCAACAUCAACAGACACAAGUUUCCCCCUGAGAUCUCACAUAACCUUCCCUCCGAUUCAACCACUGCGCUGUCGCCAGGCAUGUCCCACGUUGCGAGCAUGAAGACCGAGCCGGAGAGCCGCGCGAACAGCGAAGAUCUGUGGUCUUGCUUGGGCGCCAUCAAUCUCGAUCGCCACAACCUGCUUGUGUUCUGGGAAAGCUCGUGGCACUCGGCAGACGAGUACCAUGCUCUCUGUACAGGCGGGAACCGAGGGUGGCUCGUCCAUGCGCGAGGCGACGACCAGCUGCUCAUCGCCUGGGAACCCACAAUCGAAAGCAAGUCAGUCCAGGCCUCUCCUCGCAGCCUUGUGUAUGAUCCUGUUAUAGAAGUCCGGAGAGACCGGCCUGGUCUGCUUGGGUACGUCGCGUCCAAGACCCUGCGCGGCUCUGGAAAAGCAGGAAGCCGUCGCCUUGCUUUCUUAGCCUACUGGAAGGUGGCUCCGAUGACCAGAGGACUCUUUUUCUAUCUGCAGAAAACCUUUUCCAGCCACAGAGGUUGCAUCGUGCACGCGGAGGAAGACAGAGUUUGGGUACAGUGGGAGCCGACAUGGGUGUUGUACGAAGAUCUGAACCAGGCGAAGAAGAAGCAGCUCCUGAAAGAGCCAGCCAGCGCUCUCGAGAAUAUAUUCAACAGCCAUCUUGACGUUCGAGCCCCAGACUCCAAGUUCGCAGCCAUCUUUGAGCGCUUAAAAGCCAAAGAAGAGCUCUGGAUCGGCUACGAGCCGGGAAAAGAGUACUGCCCUAUUGCACGCCUGAACUUCAGCAAGUCAAGACAGUAUAAGCAGGGUGCUGUAGGCUACUAUUACAUCUUGAGAUGCAAGUGUGAAGAUCUGGGCAGCGGCUUCUGGAUUGUUGCACACCAGACCUUUGUCAAAAGAGCCUGGCGUCGAUACCUCCGAUAUUCAUGCUCUGGCAGCUGCACACGGCAAACCAUAGCAACAAGCUUCUUCCACGCAGCAUACUUGGAGGAGGACGGUUGGUAA